CAACAACUGUGGUCACUGUAUCCUCCCAGUGGCACCAGCCCCGGCCGUCCCUUGUUGACGCAUCGAGUACAAGAUAGUGACGGCGUCUGCUUUUCUCUCCCAACAUCGAGUGCUGUCUGAUCCCGAUUGAUUUUCUAGGAUAGCGGAACACAGCCGGGAAUGAUUUUGAUUCUCAGGCUCGCACUGGUUUCUUAGGUCGGGCGAGCCUGUAAAGGGUAUCGGGCUCUGCCAAGUUCAUUACGGGAUUUUGUCACUGUCAGCCAGCUCUUGCCUGUCAUCACACAAACAACAAAUUCAUGAGCCAUGUUUGUGCGAACCUGCCGCAGCUCGUGCAAUGCAUGGACCAACACUACAUCUAUAAAGCAGGUUCGCUCUGCGAGAACGCAUGAGUCGCUGAUCCGUUCUUUCGCAACAACGGCAUCACAGUCGAAACGUCAAGAAGCCGAGGCGGAGGAGAAGCGCCAAGUGAGCCCCAGAUUGGGGCCUUCUGCACCCAGAAGCUCGUACCCCUCGUCUGCUGAAGCGAGACAAAAGAGGGACAGUGACAGAGAGUUUCUUAUUUCCGUUCUUGAGUCGUCGGCCACAAAACGCGAUGCUCGAGGUUAUCUCCAAACUUUCGGCUCUCCCGCAGCCCUAACUAGCGCUGGGCAGAAGAAACCAUCCACCAUCGGUAUCUUGGGUGUUCCAGCCUCUGUGGCCGGUAGGCCUGCCUUUGUUCAAGGACCAGAAAAGGAAACUCCGGUCAAGACAAACGAAGCACCACAUGUGGCCAUCGUGAAGUUGAGGGCACCACAGGCAUGGGAUGACGUCCUCCUUGAUGGUGUUGCUAAGACCCUCACCAGACUGAGAGAUCUUGGUCUUCUGAGUGUGAUCGUCCUUGAUUGCGACGACAUUAGGCCCAAUCAAGCUUCUGGGUGGCACGAAACAGUCACAGAACAGACGGACAGACUCCUGAGAGCAAUUGGUCAGUAUGGAUUCCCGGCCGCCGAAGUGGUUGACUCCGGGAUAUGGAAGUCAACCGAAAAUCCCCAGAUUCCAUCAUCUAUCCCCUCCAACCCUCUUUACGUGGGGUUCGGAAAGGCGUUUACUACACCACUUGCCAAUGGUCACAUACUGGUCGUCCCACCACGAGCAUACUCCGACGCGUCUCUCCAAUACUCUAAAGCCGAUGCCAAUGACAUUGUUAUUGCCCUAACAACCUUUUUUGCGGGAUUUCAGUUUGGUCGACAAUAUUCGGACUACCGGGAGCUGGCGGAGAAGGUCAACGACGGUCAGCCUUUCCGAAGGGCUUUGGUUGAUCGGGUCAUCGUUAUCGAUCCUCUGGGCGGCAUCCCAUCCCACAGACAAGGUCAUGGCACACAAGUUUUCAUCAAUCUGGAAGACGAGUUCAAAAAUAUCCGAGACGCUCUCUACGAAAAAACUCAACCUACUUCGGCAGGCACGAAAGACGCCGGUGUCAGUGCCAGGGCUACGGUCCAUCUGGAAAACCUACGGCUCGCCAAAUCCACAUUGGCCUUACUUCCAUCAAACGCAUCCGUGGUGAUGACCAGUCCUGCGGAGGCUGCAAAUAUCAAUGUGUCAAAGCGCGACGGCCCGGAAGCCAAGCCCGAUGGGUUCGCGGGUGAAGUAAAGACGAGAACCUGGCGCAAUCCCUUGAUACACAACCUACUUACCGACCGACCCAUCUACUCAUCAUCGCUUCCGAUCGGCCGAAUCAAACCUACGCAUCAAGAUGAGGAGAUCGCUUUGUCACGGAUGCCCACAACUACCCUGGCCAAGAGAGGGCUGCCAGUAACCAUCUUCCCUGAUCCGAGGGUAAACCGUUGGCAACCACCGCAACCUGGUGUUCCUAGACUCAGGUUAACGGAUACGUGUAUCGAUUUACCUAGGCUGGUACAUCUGAUCAAUGACUCCUUCGGAAGAAAACUCGACGUCGAACACUACCUUAACAGAGUCAAGGACAGCCUCGCGGGAAUCAUCAUAGCUGGAGAGUACGAGGGAGGUGCGAUCCUUACGUGGGAGACGCCAUUUGGGCUUGACGAAGAGACGGCUUACCGGGAGGGCCGACUAGUGCCGUAUCUGGACAAAUUUGCGGUGCUACACAAGAGUCAAGGAGCCGGUGGCGUGGCAGACAUUGUGUUCAACGCCAUGGUUCGUGAUGCUUUCCCAGAAGGCGUCUGCUGGAGGAGCAGGAAGGACAACCCGGUCAAUAAGUGGUACUUUGAGCGGUCUCGGGGUGUGCUUAAGCUGCCGGAGAGCAACUGGGCCAUGUUCUGGACGACUCCGGAGGCGGUUUUGAACGACCAGAUGAUGAGAGAUUAUGAAGACGUGUGCAGGAAUAUUGCGCCUUCUUGGGCAGACACCACGAAACCAGCGGACUGAGGAAGGGCGUGGGGCCUUGGAAAUAGCGUAUGUUGGGUACACGUAAAGACUGCCAUGAGAGGCGCGUUUCAGUCGAGCUUGUCUUGGGAGACCUUUGAGGUUGUUUGCCAUAUCGAACUAGAGAAGGACCACCAUGUCCGUAUGGACCAGUUAUCUUGAUUCUUGACUGGGACGCCUGUCUCACUUGUCCGCCUUCACAGUGGGCGAUGUCCUUUCAUCAUGAUACGAAAACGUACUUGAAACGAAUGUGACAAUCAUCAGCCAAUCAGCUCUUUCGAGCCUUCAAGGUAUCGUAUCUCCACGUGCACGGUCUCCAAGAUGACAAGGACCAGUGGGGUUAUUAUCGGUGGGGCACCUUCCAGGCGCCGUACAUCACCAUCUC